AUGAUUCGCUGGCUACUUCAUGUACUAGCAUUAUUGCCACUGACCUGCCAAGGUCGAUUCUUGGAACAACCCACUGUGCGAUGGACGUUUCGUGUUCCUGGCAGUGGCUCUCUGAGUGGCCGCGGCUUUCGCUCGGGCAAUCAAGUAGUGGCGUCACCAGAUGGCAAGACCCUCUUUGCCACGGCCGAUGAUGGCACUCUACACCUUAUCGACACGGAAGAUCUACGAAACUCUCAAGUCUUUGAUCCCGAAACCAUUGCUGGCACGUUCACCGAAUGUCGAUCGGGAGUCACACUCAAGUAUGACGCCAACAAUAAAGAACUUGCCUACGUGGUAUACUCGGUUAUUGAUGUUCCCGUGCAAGUGGGGGUGUUGUACGAUGGCUUGUCCAGUGAUUCCAGUAGAUCUUCCACUCUCAGUCGACUCUUGGCUGUCAAUUUGGAUGGGACACUUCGAUGGUCGGUCCCCUUGAAUGGAGCCGUUGUGGGCAAUGCCGUCGUGGGAGGAACGCAAAAUGACAAGCUAUUCGUCGCACACAAUGUCCCAAACUUUAUUGGAGCUUCACCUACCCGAGGAAAGGUAUCCGUCGUCCUACUCAAAGGAUCCAGACCAACUGUCACGGCAUCCGUCUCUCCCCUCAAUCGACAUGGACCCUUUGGUCCUCCCUCGGCUGCUACCGUCACGACGACAACGGGUACUACUAUGGAGGUUGUCGUAGUGGCAGAAGCAUGGGAGAAGGGAUAUUCAUCCGAUACUGGUAGUGUCUUUUUGCUGAAACCAUCCGCACUCUAUCGAGAAUUUGAUGGACAGGGCAAUGAUGCCUAUCAACUCGACUUGAUUAGUGAUUGGGCGGUGGGUUCCGUCACAAAGCCAGUUGUCAAAUCAUUCGACGAUAAUAGUGCACUGGAAGUCUUUGCAGGGGCGGCAGGAGCACGAUUGAGUGGAUGGACUGGUGCAAAUACUCUCGCGGGUGUCAUCGAUGGAAGCCAAGAAGAUGUAAAGUCGUCCUGGGAUGUCACGCUGCAAACCAACAAGGGCAAUGCUUCUCAGCCUCUACUAGUUGCGCCUGUUCUCUCCAAAGACCAAACAGUCCUGUACCAAUCUGGAGCUUCCACCGAAUUGUAUUGCAUUGGGACUGAAAAUGGGGAGAUUUUGUGGACAUCUAGUGGAAACAACCGUGGCUCGAUUCGCGCCGAACCAAGAUUGGUGGACAAUCCUCAAGAUGAUCCCAAAGUAUUUGUCAUUGAAGGGAGCAAGGGCAAGGUUCGCCAACACGAUGCCUCCAGCGGAGUUAUCGAUUGGACAUUCGACUGCCAUGAUGUAUCAGGGAUCCCAUGCCAUGAUGCCGUCGAGGCAGACUUUAGCAUUGAUCCUUCUGGAAAUACACUGUUCUAUGGAGACGUUUUUGGGAAAAUUGUUGCAUUGCAGAUUGCAACCUUCACGUCACAAGCGCCACAGGCGGCUCCCACGGAUCCACCAGUAACAGCGGUACCCAUUAACCCAGAGGAACCCGAUCCAGAGGAAGUUACACCAGGACCAACGACCCCCCUGGCAACACCUGCCCCCACACCCGACCCAACUCAAAGCCCUGUGGCAACACCCACCAACACACCCAACCCAACUCAAAGCCCUGUAGUGGCACCCACGACGCCGCCCGUAGAGAAGACGCCCACCCCUACGUGGACGCCAGUGACUUCCCCCGUGGAUGUGUACAUACCCUACGAGAUCCCAGGCUCGGAUGCACCCGAUGACGUCGGAUUUGAAGACACUUCCCAAAGCGCGAGUCAGGCGCAAGACACCUCAUCAAACUCCGAAUUCUCUAGUUCCGCCGCCAUCAAUGGUGAAGACGAACCAGACUCCUUCUUCUCCAACGAUAUCAUGAUUAUUUUGGUGGCUGUCUGUGGCGGUCUGGCGCUUGCUAUAAUUGUUCUUCUGAUUGCUCAGAAGGUACGAAGCUCGAAACGAACAAAGGCGCUCCCUUCUCAUGACCUUAUCUCAGAAGAACAAGAUGGCAAGGACUGGAGCAAUGCUCAAGAUGAGUACGAAGAGCACUGUCGUAGAAACGAGGAAGAAACGCUUCGCGAGAUUGAAAGCACUGCACCCUCGACACCCAGCCAGGGAAGCAAGCGGCCUUCUAAAAAGCCGAAGAAGUCCCCGGUGACACCCACGACACUGGCAUCCAUCGAAGAAUCUCCCGCUGAAAACGACACUUCGUUCGUUAGUGAUGCUACACCCAAGAACCUUGUAAAGUCUUUUGAUGCCUCGAUGAUGGAAGAAACUUCAAUCAGGGGCAGAGGCCUAGAAGUGUCCUUGGCUGACGCUCCUCUGCCCAACAAGACUGCAGAUGAUGCAAUUGCGCAACAAAAGUCGACCACAAGUGUAGCGUCGACCGACAACAGCAAGACUGCAGGAAUUUCUUCAGUGGAAGUGGUUGCCAACUUGGGCAAUAAGCCCCCCAAAGUAAUGAGUCGAGUCAGAUCCCCUGCUGUGGUCCCUUCUUCGCCUGACCAUGGAGGGAAUGACUUGAUGUCCGUGGAUGGCUCUCUCUACCUUGACGAUGAUAGUUACCUUCAGGGCAGCAAAGUUGAAGUGGCAUCGCUCUCGCAGUUUUCAGCUGCGUCAACUCAGGAGGGCGGAUCAGAUAUCGGAACCCAUUACACCACCGAUGAAAACGGACUUCGGUUUGAAGCUGCGUACGAGAAGCCGAGGGUGGCGUCCCCUAUUAUGUCUCGAACUUUGAGUCCUCAAGUUGAAGAUUAUCUGCGUCGGAAUACAUCCUUUGGUUCUUCUUCCAAUCCACCUGUGACUCCUGGUGCGUACCUUCAAGCCAAGCCAACUGGAACAAUGUCGCCUAGCCCUGUGACGCCACCAAGUGAAGCAAAUUCGCCCGAACCUGAUGGUGGCAUCGACAAAGAUGUCGCCCGUGCUGGACAUAGCGUUCGGCCUGGAAGUGGGCAAGGUCGAGGCCGUCAAGAAGAACCGAGCGAUGAAGAAAGUAGUGGUAUACGCAGCCGUUCACCUUCAAUUCCUCGUCCACCCGUCGAAGCAGAAGCCAACGAUGAGCCAGAAGACGCGUGGAACAGCUUUCUCUUCGAACUGGCCAAAGCUGAACGGGAAUUCUUCAAUCCUUCGUUUGGAAAGAAGAAAAAGGAGGCAAAGAGGUCAGAAAGCCCCCCUCCUCCUCCACCUCCUCCACACAGCCCUCCCGAGUCGCCUGCUCGUGGGCAACUAGACCCACCAACCAGGCGGCAGCUACUGUAA